AUGAGUAGAGAUCCAGGCCCUCUCCAUGAGGCUGUCUGGGAGCAGCCACCUCAGGACUCCUUUGAGCCAGAAUGGAUGCCGCCAGAAGUCAUUCCUUCACACAGAUGUCAGAAGUGGAUGGAUAGACAGAUAAGUCCUCUCCAUGAGCCUAUCCAAGAGCAGCCACCAUUGGGCUCCUCCCCCAUAGAACCAAUUCUGCCAGUGGUUAUUCCACCAUGCAGCUGUCAGAAGGGAAGGGAGAAACUCCUAAGCCCUCUCCAUGAUUCUGGCUUUGACCAACAGCCAUUGCUUUCGUCCUCUAGAGAGCAGACUCCAUCAGUUGCCAUUGCACCUGGAAGUUAUCAGAAGGGAAGGGGGAGAUACCCAGGCCCUCUUCAUGAACCUGUUUGGGAGCAACCACCGUUGGCCUAUUACCCUCCAGAACUCAUUCCACCAUGCAAUCAACAAACAUGGAGGGAUAAACCCUCUGACUCAGAUCAACCGCCAUUGGGUUCCUCAUUCACAGCCCAGUCUCCAUCAGUGGCUAUUGAACAUGAAAGCUAUCAGAAAGUGAAGGAGAGAUAUCCGGGCCUUCUCCAUGAACUUGUAUGGGAGGAACCAGAACUGGGAUCAUCUUUCCUAGUGCAAACUCCAUUAGUGGCCAUUCCACCUUCCAGCUGUCAGAAAGAGAGACAGCCUUACCCUACCCAUGAGCCCACCUUGAACCAACAUCCACUGUGUCCCUCCCUCCCAGAACAUACUCGAUCAGUGGCCAUUGCCCCUGGCACCUGUCAGAAGAGGAGAGAGACACACCUAGGCCCUCUUCAUGAGACUGUCUGGGAGGAAUUACCAGUGGGCGCCACUCCCCUAUGGCAGACUCCAUUGGUGAUAAUUCCACCUGGCAACUUUCAGAAGGGGAUGAAGAGGCAGGCAGACCUUUUCCAUGCACCAAGCUCUUCCCAACCAGACCAGACUUCAUCAGCAGCCACUGCACCUUCCAGCUGCCAGAAGGGGAAGGAGAGAAACCUCAGCCCUCUCCAGGCACCUAUCUGGUUCCGACUGAACAGAGAGCGAAGCCCUCUCCAUGAGCCUGUCUGGGAUUAA